GGUAAUUUUGCAACUAAAGACGAAAAGCCCCGAACGAAAUGCUCGACGAUUGAAAAAAUGCAGACCCAGACAAAGGAAGAGAAGGUGCUUGAGUCUUCAGUGGAGGCUAUUCUACAGAGAGUGCAGGAGGUGAAGUCGGGAAUUGUGGCAUUCCUCCUCAAGCUAGAACAUGAACAUCAGACACUUAACUGGCCCAGCAUGCUUGACAGCUAUGCCUUGUUGUCAGGCCAGAUGAACUCUCUCCAGAAACUCUUGAAGAGUGAUAAGAUGCCAAAUCUACGAAACCAGAUAGUACUUCCUCUAGCCCUGGUGCCUGAAAGAGACCCAGAAGUAGAAAAAAUAACGGAGGGUCGUGUUAUGGCAUUCAACCAUGAAGUUGUACCAGACUACCUGAGGACUAAACCUCUCCCAGGGGCAGAUGAGAAGCAGCUUCAGAUCAGCACAAAGACUGGCAUGCCCCCUCAAGAUAUAAUUCAAAAGCAAGUGGCCAAUUUGAACAAGAUUUCCUCCAACUUGGUUGAGUUGAUCACAUCCAGCAGGGAAGAGUGGGAGAGUGAACAGAACACAAAAUCCCAGCUACCUCAAACAACAUCCCAAGAUGAUACGCAUAGUCUCAUUGGGGCCACUAAUUUUGGUAAAGGCUUAAAGCAGAUGGAAAGACGACGCAUGACAGGAGGACCCCAAGGUCCACCCCAGCAACAGUCGCAGCAACCUCCCCCAGCUCCUGCACCGACCAUCAAUGUAAAUAAAGCCCCAAGUGCAAUUAAAACAAACAUUAAGGCUGCAUCAAGUUCACAUCCAUACUCAAGAUCUUAGAACUGGCUUGUCCACAAUGUAACAUAGUACUCAAGAUGUUAGGCCUGGUCUAUCUACAAUGUACAUAGUACACAUUUUUGUGAAAUGAGGCAUGCAAUACACAAUUCAGGUGUUUUGAAUCCUAUAUGUAGAACAUAAUGUUGAGACUCGAUAAACUUGAGAUAAUGAGGAUUUUGUAUGUAUCCCCAUGAUGACAUACAUGAUGAUAUGCAGCUGUUAAGUCAGUUGUACUCCUAUGUUAAGUCAAUACACUUUUGCCGAAAUUUUCUCAGUGCUAGUGCUUUCCUGGUGUAACACGGCCAUUUUUUAAGUCAACCAAUUGUGACCACUUGAGUGUUGAGAGAACACUUUAGAGAGAAUACAGGCUCUUUAUUGUGUAUUACAGAUUACCACAUCGAAUAGACCUUUUCAGUGGUUGUUUUGUCAGUCAAGAAGUAUGAACUUUUCAGAGGUUAUUUACCAGAAGGGAUUGAAUAUGAGAUCUGAUUCGAGGGAUGCGCGACUCUUCCUUUUAGCGUCUCAGUAAAUAUGAUAUUGGUCUAGAGAAAUAAAAUGCAUAUUUCAUCCCAAUGGAUAUCAAAUAAUCUUUUUAUUAUCCCUUGAAAUGCAUCACUGUUUCGUCAAUUACAAAACCAAACUUUUCUCAACAAACUUUUUAGCAUAUUUGAAAAUAACAAUAUUGUACAAUUUUAACACCUAAAUUCAACAAUACACAGUAAAACUGCAACAGCA